AUGUCGCCGCGCGCCUGUGUCGUGUCUUUGCUGAAGGUGGUGGAUUGAAGCUUGGCUUUGGUGAUGAGAAUCCGGAGUUCAACCUUGUGGUGGACUCGCCAUCAUUGGCGCACGUGCGGCGAUCCCUUCUUGAACGCGUAGUCUAGGAAUGGUGUAUUUUUUUCGUUUAUGUCGUGUCUUGUAUCAUAGGGAUUAGUCGCUAUCUGGGGAGGUAAUGCCGUGAGGUAUAAGGCCUCAGGGUUUGUUUUCCAUUUUAUUUCCGGGUAGAUGGUGUUCGGCUGCUGAGUUUUGCACUAUUAAUAAUAUAUGACUGUAUCCAUCGUCCUGAUGCAUUGGACGGUGGUUAUCCUUCUUUUUAAAAAAAGAGAUUAGCCACCAACCCUCUCUUAAAAUUAGCAUUCCAUUGCUUUACUUAAGGGUUAGCUUUCUGGUCGUUUGAUAAUGUAGUAAAGCUUGCAUUCUGUUGCUUUACUGAAGGACUAUGGAAGUGCCGGCACUGCGAUUGGACGUACCGCUUGGCUAGUCCGUGCGGGGAAAUCGUACCGUAGAUCAUCGAGGCUUAUUAAAACCAGAGCAUUUGGCAGUUGAAUCAUAUUCGGAGAACCAAGCUGCUGCAGAUCAAGUGCAGUCCGAGAUGCAGAACUCCAACGAUACAACCACUAAAAUUGAAUCUCGCACAUAUGCUCAUCAUAGUCAUGGCACAGUUGUAAAACCAGAGCACUCGAUAACCGAAUCAUCGCCGGCAGAUCAGAACACGACAACCACCACAACUACAACCACAUCGGCAACAGCUACCACAACCUCUACAACCACAUCAGCAGCAGCAACAACUCACUCAUCGUCUGCUACAGGAAUCUUUCACGCAGAAGUAAUGGAAGGGAUGACAGGUGACACGCCUCCCCUGAAGCCUGCCGAUGGAGUUAUCAUGGAUGCAACUCACCACCUACUUGGACAUGGGGAUGUUCAUGGAACUACAACGACAACCUUCGAGAAUGGCUCAUUUACCACCCAUGUAAGUCGCAUAACAGAACUCAAGGUCGAUUGCCCGAAUGUGACCACUAUCGUGAGGGGUGAUUUACCAACCUCGCCGAUACCUCAAGCAGCAGAUCAACCUCAUGUAGCAGUGUCAGUCCCUCAAGAUGUGAAUCCGGCUGCUCCUAGCCCCCAACAGAGUGAUGACUGGGAUAUACCGAAAGCCAUAGUGUAUGGUGGCUUAGUGGAGUCAGUCACCAGCCUCUCCGUUGUUUCAGCAGCAGCAUCAAGUGGAGCAAAAACAUUGGACAUAUUCAUCUUGGGCAUAGCCAACCUUAUGGGAGGGCUUCCUCUCAUUUUCCACAAUAUUGCCGAUCUAAGAGACAUUCGAGAUGUGAAUGAGGACAACGAGCGCGUCGGCCACUACUGGUUGCAGCUCGGAAGGCGGACGAAAGCCCGACUCCACAUGAUCCUGGCCCUGCUCUCAUACAUCGUGUUCGGGCUACUUCCACCAAUCCUCUAUGGUCUGUCAUUCCGUGAGAGCAAUGACAGGGAGAACAAGAUGAUGGCCGUCGCUGGUGCUUCACUCGUCUGCAUCGCUCUACUAGCACUUGGAAAGGUGCAUGUCAAGGCAGCACCCAGGACAUACUUCAAGACCCUAAUGUACUACCUGACGGUCGCUGUGAGCUCAUCGGGGCUGUCCUGCGUCGUCGGCGUGCUGAUCACACGGCUCCUGGUGCACUUUGAAAUUAUCGAGCAAGGUGGGUCGGCUGCUCCUCCUUCUCCGGGCCUGUCGUUCCCUCAUUCAGUGGGUGCACAAACAUCUGCCUGGGCCUCAUUCUGAAUUCUGAACUCGGAAGUUAUUGGGAAACAGUGCUGAAAAAGAGAAGACAUGUAUGAGUGGCAUUGGUGUUUGAUCCUGA